AUGCCAGCUGAGAAAAUAAAAGAGUUGGUUGACUCUCAUCUUCAUAGAUUCAAGCUUAACAUGGAGCAAAAUAUUGUGUGCUGCACUACUGAUGGAGCAUCAGUGAUGGUGAAGUUCGGCAGACUGGUGCUUCCUAAACUACAGCUGUGCUAUGCGCAUGCUGUUCACCUGGCUGUCACAGAUGUGCUCUACCGGCGUGUUCACCGAGAAGAGCUGGCUGAUGUCCCUGAGAGAGUGAUGGAGACUGAAAGCGAGGAAGAGGAGGACAGUGGCCCCGAGUCUGAUGAAGAUUCUGCCGAGUGUGUGGAUGGUGGCUAUCGGUCAGUCAGGGUGAGAGAAGAAAUGUUCAUGAGCGUGGAGCGAGUCCGAAAAAUUGCCAGGCAUUACCACAAGUCACCUGUCAGUAAUGACAAGCUGAGAGAAUGCACCAAACGAGAUCAUGGGAAAGAGUUAGUGCUCAUUUUGGAUUGCCGUACCCGCUGGAACAGCCUGGCUGAUAUGUUGGAUUGCUACAUUGCACUCCAUAAAACAGUGUCCAAGACCCUCAUUGACAUUAAUCCUGCUUUAAUAAUUACCAACGAGCAGCUCGCGCUUAUAAAACAACUGAGCUCCUGCUUGAAACCGCUGAGAAAGCAGGAGACUCGACUGAGCCAAGAGAUGAGAGAUGCAAUUGAGAGCAGGUUCACCCAGCGAAGACAGAAGAACCUAGUGUCUUUGUACAGGUAG